GAUUUGCAAGACUGAAUGAUCGGAUCUUUCUUCCAGGUUCACUUGCAAACUCAACAGGAAGGCAAGCUAUCGAUAGUACAUUCUACUAUCGGGAUAAUUAGGAAACAGGGAAUAUUAGCUUUAUACAAUGGACUCAGUGCUUCCCUACUUCGCCAACUUACGUAUUCUACAAUAAGAUUCGGCGCAUACGAGGUCGGCAAACAGACGCUCGAGUCGUCUGAUCAUCCAUUACCAUUUUACCAAAAGUUGCUGCUGGCUGGAGUUUCGGGUGCUACGGGCGGUGUUUUUGGAACUCCCGGCGAUGUGAUUAAUGUACGCAUGCAGAAUGAUAUCAAAGUAGCGCCAGAACUAAGAAGAAACUAUAAGCACGCUUUGGAUGGACUAUUCCGUGUAAUUCAACAAGAAGGGGUCCGCCAAUUGUUCAGUGGAUGUUCGACCGCGACCAUGAGAGCAGCGCUGAUGACUAUCGGACAAUUGAGCUGUUACGACCAGAUUAAAACGAUGCUGUUACAAACUGGCUAUUUUCGGGAUAAUCCUUCGACACACGUAUUAUCUAGUGUAUCGGCAGGUGCUAUUGCGACAACGCUUACGCAACCUUUAGACGUUCUGAAGACACGAGCAAUGAACGCUAAGCCUGGAGAAUUUAAGAAUCUAAUGGAAAUCUUUCUAUAUACUGCCAAACUUGGGCCACUGGCUUUUUUCAAAGGCUACGUACCUGCUUUCAUCCGGUUAGCACCGCAAACCAUUCUCACAUUUGUGUUCCUUGAACAACUUAGAUAUAAUUUUGGAUUCUAUCCACAAUCCGUGAAGCCAUUGUUAUAAAUAUUGAAAUAGUUUUGAUAAGCAGGAUUUUGUUGAACAAGGUUGAAACGGAUUCGUUUCGUAGCAGGUUGUACAGGAAAAAAGCGGGUAGUGUCAAAUUUUACUAUAUAUUUAAUUAUUCAGUCGCACACAGUUUAGUUUAAUGAUUAAGCUUUAAUUAGAAAUUAAUCAUUACGUCUCUGUCUACCGAUAUUUGAGUCAAAAAUCCUCUUACAAUCGAUACAUUCCUUAAAUUAAUGGUGACAUAUAUGUUUAUGUUAUAUUAUUAAUACAAACACACAUAUAUUUUGAAGUAUAUUAUUUAAAAUGUGUAUAUAAAUACACAUAUACAUAUUUUAAAUAAUAAAAAAAUACAGAUUUAUACUUUUAUUUAAUUGUGUCUUUUACACGUAUACGAAGUGAUCUUUUAAGUACAAAGAAUGAAGGAUAUAUAUUUACUUACAAAAAAACUGACUUUUAUAAACCCAUCUUUUUUAAGGCCUUAUAUACUUCAAGUUAUUCCACUUAUGCUGUAUUAUAUCAAUAACCAAUGAAAUGUAUAGUACAAUUCGUGAAAGAGCUUUAGAUAAUUAUAUAUAAAGAAAAUAUUUUUCUUAAUUAUUGAGAUAUGAUACAUAUAAAUUAUUUUAGCAGUAUG